GUUGCCUGAGCUCAGCUCCGCUGGAGCUUCCGCCUUGUCUAGAGCUGUGUUUGACUGCAAGCCGCAGCCUCCCGAUUGCACUUGGGCACAGAAACUCGCAUCCUCCACGUCCAGCAACGAAACGCCGAUAAUUCCUUUGCUUCGCCAAACACCAACCGAACUACCCACGCACCCACACCGUGACAGCUACCAUGGAGUUCGGCAAUUCGGGAAUGUUGAAUGAAGAUGGCAUCCAUCUCGACAUGGACCGCCUGAAGAAGGGCGAAGUCAACCUCGGUACUUCGAUCAUGGCAGUCACCUUCAAGGACGGCGUGAUUCUAGGAGCCGACUCACGGACGACGACGGGCGCCUACAUUGCGAAUCGAGUGACGGAUAAGCUUACCAGAGUCCACGACACCAUCUGGUGCUGUCGUUCCGGGUCCGCGGCGGACACGCAGGCGGUCGCCGACAUCGUCCAGUACCAGCUCGGCCUCUUCCACAUGAUGAACGGCAAACCCCCCACGACCCAGACUGCCGCCGCCAUCUUUCAGGAAAUGUGCUAUUCUAACAAGGACCGCUUGUCGGCCGGACUCAUCAUUGCCGGCUGGGAUGAGAGGCAUGGGGGACAAGUCUACUCGAUCCCGCUCGGCGGAUCGCUGCACAAGCAGGCUUACGCAAUCGGCGGCUCCGGAUCGACGUACAUCUACGGUUACUGCGAUGCGAACUGGCGCGAGGGUAUGGAGGAAAAGGAGGCUGUGGCGUUCGUCAAGGGCGCCCUAGGCGAGGCUAUUAAGUGGGACGGCAGCUCUGGUGGUGUUAUCCGCAUGGUCGUCUUGACGGCCCAGGGCGCCGACAGGCACCUCUACCUGCCCGACGAGAACUACCAGGUGAACCGUCAAUAGGGCGGUGGUUCGCAAGGAAGGGAAGGCAAUGGUUGGGAGAGCUCCGAGGGCGCGACAGGCGGGCCGUUGGCGGAAUCGAGCAAGAUUCUCGUCGAUCGGACCGUCUCUCGACAGGCUGGCAUAUAGCAUGCCUUGGUCUAGACGGCACUUUAGACAUUAUGCUAGGCAGCAACGGCAGGCCCUGACCGCAGUACAUUAGGGGAACUGGUUGCUUCAGCCCCGAAGCAAGGCGCGCGGCGAUGAAAGAGGCGACAGACCAGCGACAGGGAGGACCGCUGUAACGUUAUGACUUUCCGACAUGGUGAACCUCCUUGUCUCUCCGGCGCGGCCCGAUAGAGUGAAGACCAUGGAGAUACAUCGGCAUCUCCUACUGCAUCAAUACUAGAAUUUCCCCCAUGUACGGCAGAGACAGCGCAGUUAUCGUGAUGUAAUGUGCCUGCCCGCGCC